AUGGGCUGGAUGAACAGAAAGUCUUACCUGGGCACGCGGGACAAUAUCAUUGCCGUGCAAAUCGACUGGAGCGAGACAAAAGACGUACCGUCCGUCGACUUUGUCGAAGACACAAACGACCCCAAAUCAUUCAAAAGAGCACCAAUAGACACUUCAAACGAUGACCUGCCUCUAAUCGACGCAUCCAUUGUCGUUGCUGCCGGAAAAGUCGACCUCCUAUGGAUUGUCAUCGAUGACAUUGUCUAUGACUGCACAGACUUUGUGGAGGAACACCCCGGAGGAUCUCGAGUACUUGAGUCCUUCCGAAGCGGCAAUUGCAGCUGGCAGUUUUGGAGAUUUCACCGGGGAAAGGAUUUGGAGGAGUUUGGAAGGCCUCUUCGGGUAGGGCGGACAACGGGGAUAGAGAACAGGUUCAAGGAGCCACCUAGAUUUGUUGGAUUGAGAAAGCUGUGGGGUGAUGACUGA